AUGCACUUCCUCUCAGCCGGCGCACCUCUCAACAUCACCAACACUACCGUCUCCUCAGCCAUACGAGCUCAAGCCCCAAGCGACCUCACCGCAACCCCCUCCCAGGGUAUGAGCUUCAUUACACUCCAAAGCACCAAGAUCGAAGCCUGGCUCCAGGACCAUCAACCUCACAUUGGGGGCUUGGUAUUCAUCUCCAUUUUCCUAUUGGUUCUAAGCGGGCUUUGGCGUUCGAGGAGAGAUAUGCUACAGUGGUAUUUCCAGAGGUGUACGGAGCAGGAGAGGAGGGAAUGGGUAGCGAAGGAGAGGGCCAAGAGGAGGAAUGUGGUUGUGAUUGUGGGGAUCUUGAGGGGUGGAAGGACUUUGAGGAGUGGAGAUGGGGUUGGGGAUGGGAAUGGUGACGGGAGGAGAGUGAAGAGGGUAAGGUUUUUGGGGGUGGAUGAGGUGGAUGGUGAGAGAGGGGUGGGGAUAGCUGGUGAGGGGAGGGUGGAGGUUCUGGUCGACAUCUUGGAGGAUGGGAGGGUUUCAGGAGAAGUGUUCUGA